GCCCUGCCGACGGCCCUAAAAAGAAAAAACAAAUUGUUGCCGAAAAAAAAUAAAUAAAGAAAAUUAUUCAUCUAAAAAUUGAUAACAACCGGCAACUUUUUACACGUAGCACAAAGAAAAACAACUUAUCCUUUCUAAGAAAAAAAAAAAACUUAUUAAACAUGUUGAAGGCUGUCAUUUUAGUAGGUGGACCGCAGAAAGGCACUCGCUUUCGGCCCUUAUCUUUGGAUACACCAAAGCCACUUUUUCCUGUAGCUGGACGUCCUAUUAUUCAACAUCAUAUUGAGGCUUGUGUAAAGCUUCCUGACCUCAAAGAAAUCCUUAUAAUAGGUUAUUACCCCCAAACACAAAUGGAAAACUUUGUCACAGACAUGCAGACUUUGUAUAGCAUUAAUAUACGCUAUUUGCAAGAGUUCACCUCUUUGGGUACGGCAGGUGGCAUGUAUCAUUUUCGUGAUCAAAUUCGUGCUGGAAAUCCAAAAGCAUUUUUCGUCCUUAAUGGUGAUGUUUGUGCUGAUUUCCCACUACAGGACCUUUACAAUUUUCAUACCGAACGACCUGCUUCUGCUCUGGUUACAAUUAUGAGCACCGAAGCCACUAGGCAACAGGCGGUACAUUAUGGCUGUUUGGUAUUUGACCGUAACACUGGCGCAGUUUCACAUUAUGUGGAAAAGCCUAGUUCAUAUGUUUCCACUUUUAUUAAUUGUGGUGUUUAUGUCUGUUCCAUGGAUAUUUUUGCCAAACUAUCGGAAAUCUUUCAUUCAAAGGUCCAAGAGUAUAAUGGUACUAAUUAUUAUGCAAAUGGUGGUUCAAACGGUAAUGGCAAAGAUCAAGGCCAUAUACAAUGGGAGCAGGAGGUAUUAACACCUUUGGCGGGUACAGAUAAAUUGUACGCUAUGCCAGUGCCAAAUUGGUGGUCUCAACUUAAGACGGCCGGAUCAGCGAUUUAUGCCAAUCGUCAUUAUUUGGAACUUUAUAAGAAAACACAUCCAGAACGUUUAGCGAAUGCUGGUGUUAAACAUGCAGAGGAUGAUGAGGGAAAUCUUAUAUGUACUAUAAUGUCCGAUGUGCAUAUACAUCCAAGCGCAACAGUUCACUAUACGGCAGUAUUGGGACCAAAUGUAUCAAUUGGUCCAGGCGUUACCAUAGGUCCCGGUGUUAGAAUACGUGAGUCGAUAAUAUUGGAAAAUGCUAUUAUCAAAGAUCACACUUUAAUAUUGCAUUCUAUAGUUGGUCGUGGUUCUACUAUUGGUCAGUGGUCUCGUGUUGAGGGUACACCCAGUGAUCCUGAUCCAAACAAACCUUUUGCCAAAAUGGAAAAUCCACCUCUAUUCAAUAAGGAGGGAAAACUUAAUCCUUCUAUAACUAUUUUAGGCUGUUUUGUACAGGUGCCUUCGGAGAAGAUACUUUUGAAUAGUAUUGUCUUGCCGCACAAAGAACUUAGCAGAAGUUUUAAAAACGAAAUCAUUUUAUAAAUCGACUGCUUUAUUUAUGUUUAUGUAUUUACAAAUGUUUACUUGCGCUUUUUUAGAUUUUGUUUUAUUAAAGUUUAAUAAUUUUUAUAAUAACUA